AUGGCAGAACUCGAAGAACUAAAGAAGAAUCAGAGGACAUACGCAGAGGCAGUGACAUUGUUGGCUAGAGAAAACCUGGAUCUCAAAGACAAGAUGGCUCAAAGUUUAGGGGUGGAAAACCAACAUGACGAAGCUAAUUCAAAGGCACCUGAGCCAAAUCGCGACCGGAGAAUGGUCGUAACAAACGAAGCCAAUCCCGAGCCCUUGGACCGAAGACACAUCAGGAGAAACCGAUACUCAGACCAGGAUUAUGUCCCCGAAGAUUCAGAUUACUUUGAUAGUAAUGACCGAAGAGCAGGACAAUCCGCAGCAAUAGAUCACCACCACCGUGCGAUGGAGGACCUUCGCGCUGAGAUGAUGGCAGAGAUCAAACAGCUGAAGGCCAAGCAAGGAGGUGGAAGAUUAGAAGAAGUUAUGAGAGAAGUUAAUACUACUUCGCUAGUACCAAGCUUAGCCAAAGCUGAAAUCCCGAAGAAAUGUCCGACUCCAGCAUUUGAAUGCUACGAUGGAUCCAGUGAUCCCACGGCCAACCUUCGGUAUUAUAACCGUAUGUUGGUCCGGUGGGAUCAGGACGAUGUUGUCCUUUGCAGAUAUUUCCCUUCAAGCUUGAAGGGAUCGGCUCUAUCUUGGUUUGAUAACCUACCUCCCAACUCCAUCAAUUCGUACGAGCAACUCACUGAAAAGUUCUUAAGAACUUACAUGUACAACAAGGCUGUCCACGCUGGGAUGGACAAGUUAUUCUCAUUGGACAUCAGAUACAAGAAGACGACCAGGGAAUACACGGAUAGAUGGCAUAAAAUAUGCCAUGCUAUAGGUAAUGUAGACCCAGUGGUCAGCAUUAACUGCUACAAAUGGGGACUAAAUAGGAUGAGCCCGUUGUUUGUCGAAAUUCAUGGGAGUGUUCCCACGACUGAAGGAGAUCUUCGGGUAAUCAUCGAGAAACAUGCUAGGUUGGAAGAAAUCCAGAGAGAGAAUUCAAGGGCACAUGCUCAAAGAUCUCAUCGAACUAACUCCGCAGAGCAGGCCAGCGGAUCGAAGAGAAGUUCAAUCGAACGCCCAAACGAAGAUAGAAGAGGAAAAAGAGAAGCCCCUCGGAAUGAUGAUCGAAAGUUCGAAGAUCAGGUUUACACAAAUCUAAAUACAAGUUAUGCUCGAAUCUUAAAAGAAAUUAAGGGUCGAGAAAACUUGGAUUGGCCAUGGUCAAAAGGGAAACAACCCCCAAGAUCUGAAAAAUCGAAGGAAUACUGCGAUUACCACUGUUUCAAUGGGCACCAAACCGAGAAGUGCAAGAACUUGAAGAUAAUGAUCCAAAAGCUUUUCGACAACAGAGAACUUAAGCAAUAUAUAAGGAAGGAAGAAGCAGAUGAUAGGCCUAAACGAAGCAAGCAAGUUCAAUUCCAUGAAGGCAAUCGAACUCUGAACACCAUUUCGUAUUCGGAAUCCACGAGACUGUCUCUAACAGCGCAGAUUGGAAAAGGGCUGAGAAAACAGUUCGAAGACUACUGCGAGCUGUACAAAAUCGAUGGGGUAGAAAUAGACGAUCAUGAGCAAUGGAUGGAUGCAACAAUAACUUUCGAGGCAGACGAUGUGGAAGAAGACAUGGAGGAUCACAAUGAUCCUUUGGUCCUCACACUUCUCAUAGCAGGGUGCAACAUCAAGAAAAUUCUCAUUGACGGAGGAAGUUCUAUGAUACGCUCAAACGGAUGGAGUUAA